UUAUAAUAGUUACAGUUAGCACUAUGAAAUUAACAUCUGACAUAGUUUGUUUGACAGAAUUUUGACAUGAGAAAUAUUAAAUGUAUAUAGGAACUUUAAACUAAGAAUUGAAUUAUAUAGAACUUGGAUGUAAUAAUUAUAAAUUUAAUUUAACUAAUAUUAUUUCUCAUUAUAAUAUUUAACAAAUAAUAAAAGACAAAAAAUGAAUAUUCUUCCUAAGAAAAGAUGGCAUGUAAGGACAAAGGAAAAUAUUGCACGAGUCAGAAAGGAUGAAGCAGAAGCAGCAGAAAAAGAGAGACAAGAACAGUUAAGGAUUGAGAAUGCAAACCGUGAAGCUCGAAUUAAUGUUUUAAAACAGAAAAGUAAACAGAAGUUGUUAGAAUUUGAUAUUCAACCUCAAACAGUUGAUCAGGUCACUGCUACUCCUGAACAUAUAAAUUUAUUUGCAAAUCUCGAGCAUGCUAUUCAAACAACCAAUAAAGAUCAUGAUAAGGAAAUUAAGGAGAAAAAUGAAGAGUAUGAAAAGAAAAUUGGAUAUUUAACAUAUUUAGGACAAGAUACAAAUGAAGCUUUAGGCAAGAAAAAUUGGUAUAAUGUAGUCCCAGAGUCAACAAGAUAUUCACGUUCUAGUGACAUUAAAGAUACAUAUGAGAAACUCACUUUAAAAGAUAAAGAUGGUAAAAUUAAAGAAAAGGUUACCGACGAAAAAGAUGGAGAGAUAGCAUGGAGUGCAAAACAAAGGUUGGAUCCUAUGAAUUCAUUCAAGUCAUUCUGCCAUAAUUCAAAAAGCCUGGAAAAAUUAAAAAAGAAAAUUGAUAAAAACAAAAAUCAUAAUAAAUCAAAGCAUAAAGAUAAAAAAGAUGAUUCCAAAAUAAAAUUGCAAAAAUUAAGAGAAGCAAGGUUAAAGCGAGAACAGCAAGAGAAGUAUAGAACACAGAUGUUCUUAUCCAAGCUUAGUGGCACUGCUCCCGAAAAAGAAAAAGAAGACAAAAUCCCUAAAAUUAAACCAAAAUAUAAUUCACAAUUUAAUCCAGAAAUAGCAAGACAGAAUUAUAAAUAAAAGUGGGACCAAAUGGUUUGUACAUUCUGUCAAUUUUAUGAAAUUAAUAUUUAACCAAAAAUACAAAAAUAAUUUAUUUUGUAAAUAAAUUGAAUGACAGUCUAAUAAAGCAUAAUAUCAAAGAUUUCUCAUCCUAACAUCUAUAUAACUGCUGUCCUUUUGGAUAAACCC